UAACUCCAAUAAAAUUUCCUGAAGCAGGUGACUGUUCAGUUGAACUGACAGUUGUCUGUUGGUAAGGAAAGUGAUUGUAGUUAAUCCACUGAGACGAAUUUCCAAAAAGAUGGGUGUAGAAACGAUUAUAGAAUAUUUUAUGAAAAAUCCUAGCAUCUUUUUUUUUGUUUUUCUCUUGUACUGUUUCAUCGUCAGCGUGUCUGUUUUCUUCGGCGGUUCUAAACCUGGACGAAAUCCAUUUAGGGAGGAACACAUCCGACCGAGAAAACCCCUUGUCACUGACAAGAAAGCAAGAGAUGCUGUUUUAAAACAGAGAUUCAAGCAGUCGAAAAUUCCAUCCGAUCUCGAUGCCAUUGUGAUAGGGAGUGGAGUGGGCGGACUCUCAGCUGCUGUUUUACUGAGCCGUGUUGGCAAGAAGGUUCUGGUUCUCGAACAGCAUGACGUGGCUGGGGGAUGCUGUCACACCUUCAUUGAGAAGGGAUUUGAGUUUGACACUGGAAUCCACUACAUUGGAGAGAUGGAUGGGAAGACAUGGACGCAUGUCUUGGUGGAUCAGUUGACUGAAGGACAGUUGGACUGGGUCCCUAUGGACCAGGAAUAUGAUGUGGUUGCCAUUGGUGAGCCGGGUAAAGCGAAGAGAUACCCUAUGAAAUCGGGUCCGAACCAGGAGUACUGGGACCAGCUUAAAGCGUUGUUCCCCCACAAUACAGAGGAUGUCGACAAGUUCCGAGAUCUCAUGCUGAAAGUGCGGAAGAGUGCGUAUGCCCACUACAUGUUGAAGUUCAUGCCGCUGUGGCUGGCGCGACUGCUGGUGGUGACCGGCGUGUACCGUCUCAUGUACCGUGACUACUUCGCGUACUCACAGUGCAGUCUGCAGGAUGUCCUUGAUGGUCUCACCAACAACGCAGAUCUCAAGGCAGUCCUUUCCUACAUCAUUGGAGACUACGGUCUGAGUCCGAGUGAGGCUCCGUUCACUCUACAUCUCAGUGUAAUCAACCAUUACCACAAAGGAGCGUAUUACGUGAAUGGCGGAUCCAGCGAGAUUCCUUUCCAGAUGAUUAAGAACAUAGAGCGGUAUGGUGGCCGUGUCCUGAUUCAGGCUCCAGUCACAAAGAUUUUGACCAAUGAGAAGGGUCGAGUUACAGGUGUGCGGGUCCACAAGUCAUCAGGAGAUGUGGAUGUCCUCGCCAAGAUGGUUAUAUCAGAUGCAGGAGCCAUCAACACUUUUAAAAAAUUACUGCCGGUUGAGAUUGCGGUCAAAUCUCCUCUGUACCCAGUGAUGGAGAAACUUGGAUCAGGAUGUUCAUUUAUCACAGUCUUUGUGGGGCUGGCAGGCUCGUCAAGUGAACUCGGGCUUAAGGCUUCAAACACCUGGAGUUACUUGAGCAAUGAUUUGUGUGGUAUCCUCGGUGAUUACAUGUCCCUGUCUGUUGAGGAUCUGGAAACAGCCGAAAUUCCUCUCUUAUUUGUGUCAUUUCCAUCAGCAAAAGAUCCUUCUUGGGAAGAUAGAUAUCCAGGUAAGAGUUCGGCGUUGUUGAUCACGUACGCCAACUGGGAAUGGUUCUCAAAGUGGAAGGAUGAGACGGUGCGACACCGCGGGGAUCACUAUGAACAGAUAAAGACGGCCAUUGGUCAGCAGAUGUGGAAGCAGUGUUGUGACCUCUUCCCUCAGAUAGCAGACAAGCUGGAGUAUUUCGAAGUGGGCACUCCCGUCAGUAACAGUUUCUAUUUAGGUGGACCAAAGGGUGAGGCAUACGGACUGAAUCUCACCAAAACGAGGUUCACGCUCGAUUCCUGUCUGAAUCUACGACCAGAAACUGGAAUACCUGGACUUUUCCUCACAGGCCAGGACACGAGUGUGGCGGGGAUGAUGGGCGCCAUCAUGGGUUCCGUCAUCUGUGUGUCAAAAAUCCUCAACCGGAAUGUGUUCACCGAUCUCAUCAAGCUGUACAAAACUCUCAAACACAAGAAAAACACAAAAAAUAAGAAAGAGUAACAUGUCAUACUCUGAAUUUAGCUAUCAGUAGUCAUUUUUUAUACAAACUGUCAAAUGCCAAAUUACAUGUAGUUGUGUGUACAAACAGAAUUGGGCAUUUGUAUACAAAUUCUGAGUAACAGAAUUAAUCUGGUAUUCAAACUGACAUUAAAGUCAAUAUGACAAUAAGAGAAUUAACAUUUUGUAUACAAACUUUCAGUAACGAAAUUAACCUUUUGGAUACAAACUGACAGUAAAUACAAAUUUUCAGUAACGAAAUUAACAUUUUGUAUACCAACUGAUCGUAACACAGUUGGCCAUUUGUGUAUAAACUGACAGUAAAUACAAAGUGACAGUAACAGAAUUAACCAUUUGUGUACAAAGUGACAAUAACAGAAUUGGUCAUAUGAUUAAAAACUUGACAGUAAAUACAAAAUGACUGAUAGAAUUUACCAUUAAUUUGAAUACAAGCUGACAGUUACAGGACUAAAGAUUUACUUCACAAUAAAGUAGAGUUAAAAUCAGAAGAAGAAAAAAAUGUUUUGCUCAGUUUUCGUUUCGUCAAAUAUUAGAUGACAUUAAGUGUAUUUUCAUUUCCAAUAAAAUCUUAUUUCAAUUUUUUAACAAUUAUUGAAAAUCCUGCAUUAAAAUUGCUUUUUGGCUAAAAGGAAAAAUAACAAUGAGUUAACUCUCUUGAAUAGUGAUAACAUUCAUGCGAUUUUUCCACAUCUGCAACUGCAGCAAAAUGGAAAUGAUCAAAAAUGAUAUCACAUAAGAAGACCCAUGAUAUCCUUGUUUUCGAAUGAUGUUUAGAACAUUUAGCUUUGGUAUUUUGUAAGAUGCUUUAUAGUGCUUACUUGAAAGCAAAAGCAAUAAGAACACUUUUCACUCAUUAUUGGGAAUACAAAGUAUACAGUCAAAUAGAUUUAAACCAUAUACAACUCAUAGUUAACAAUUUUAUUAUAAAGGUAACCUUUAUAUGUAUACAAACUGACAAGGACAGAAUUAACCAUUUCUAUACAAACCAACAGUGACAGAAUUAACCAUUUGUAUAGAAACAAACAGUGACAGAAUUUACCCUUUCUAUACAAACAAACAGUGACAGAAUUAACCAUUUGUAUACAAACCAACAGUGACAGAAUUUACCCUUUCUAUACAAACCGACGGUGACAGAAUUAACCAUUUGUAUACAAACUGACAGUGACUGAAUGAGCCAUUUCCAUAUAAAUUGUAUAAAAUUGGCUCUUAAUAUAGAAACUAACACUAUACCUUGCUAAAAUUUACUGUCUUUAGCCAAAUUAAACAUAUUUCAAGGUAGCAGUAGCCACAAUCCUCAAUUUGUUUACUUUAUACAAAUGUGCCAUGAAAUUAGUUAAUAAAAUGAACAUUUUAUCAAAAGAGCUGGUGAUUUUGUUCACCACCUGCUAGGUUGUAUCACAUCGGUGUUGUCAUUUUACUCAUGUUAUUAGCAUUAGCAUUUUUGUAUGAGGGCAUUUGUUAUUUUAUACAACGAUCAUGAAAAUAUUUAAAUAAUUUGGCGAAUGACCGGUGAGCAGUUGUUAACCACCAGUAAAACUGUAUCUCUGUACAAUAUAGUUCAAAAGGAGUUGCAGUCAGUGUUUUGUAAUGACUGAUCUGACAUUGGUGAGACAAAUAUUUAUAACUACCAGAUUCGUAAUAUAUUAACUGUGUUUGUUACACCAUUUGUUAAUGAUAUUUUGUAUAUAUGGCUGUUAUGUUUUUUUGUCAAAUGCUUUUUAAAAACAAAGAAAUACAAAUGAUUUACAGUAUAUGAUUCCAAAAAGACAUGCGCUUAUGGCUAUCACCAUAGCAAAUUGGUUUGUUGUAGUCUGAAGCAGCUUAUAUAUUUUUAUAUGAACCAUUUUAGUUUCGCAUUUUUUACGAAUGAAACUUGGUGUAUAGUUGCAACUAUGAAUGUUCAACACAAUACAUGUUAAAAAAAAUAUUGUAAUUUGAAUUGAAUUAUUUUUACUUGACUUUUUUUAACAUGCAUUGAGAUGACCAUCUACAUUGUGUAUGGAUGCAUCUGGCAGUGACAUCGAAUAAGUUCAUAGCAGGGAAAUAUUUAAUUUCACGGAAUUUGUGCAUGUUUGCCAGUGUGACAGGUAUGAUUUUCCAACAGCUGGAAAUAGGCUGGUUAUAUACGUUUUUUAUAUCAUUGUUAGCAUACAUGAUUUAGUAUAAUUAAACAUGUGUAUGGAUAAUGUUCAGUGCUAGUACUCCUCUUUGUUCUUUUUUCAAACAAGGCAUUAAUAAAUAAUUUAAUACCUAUCUAA